AAGUCAUUACGCUUUUUAAAGUCUUAUUGUUCUUAAUUAUCUUUUGUGCAUGAAUUGAAACAAAAACUAAAAUCAAGAUUUAUCUCCAAAAUUCCCGCAGCAAGAACACUUGAUGGCCUCUAAGUAGAAAUAACAGCAAAGGAUGUUGAUUAUUUUUAAAUAAGUGUGCAGUGUAAAUUUGACUACGAAUAACUACGGUCGUAAAAUUUAAUUAAAUAAUGCAAAAAUUGUUUAGAACAGUUCCGAUUUAUUUUUGGUUCUUUACAAUAUGGAGUAUAUCCAAAGUAAUUCAGUUCAUUUUUAAUGAGGAACAAACAGUUUGGGAAUUAAUUUGGAAGAAAAGCACAGGAUUUUGUGAUAAUGAUGAAUUUAAACUAUUUGUUUAUGGAAUUUUGUUUGCCUCGAGUAUAGCAAGUGUUUCAGUCGUUUCAAUUUAUUCCUAUUUUGACUUUUCACAAAAGCCAGCUUUUAUUCGUAAAUAUAAAGUCAAUCCACAUACAAAUGAGCCACCGGAUUUUAGACAGUUUAUGAAGGCCCUCAUGUAUUCAAGUAUAACUGGAAUAACAUUUCUCGUACCAAACUUAAUUUUUACAUACUAUGGACUUCAAUGGAGAGGAAUGCCUGCUCUAUAUCCCUUACCUGACAUUUUCACAGUCCUCAUCUCGUGUUUUAUGAAUGAUCACAUUGUUGAUAUUGGUACCUAUAUUGCUCAUCGUACCCUUCAUCAUAAACUCCUUUACAAGCACAUCCAUAAGAAGCAUCAUGAAUAUAAGUCAACAAUUGCAGUUGCAGUCAUAUAUUCACAUCCUAUCGAACACAUUUUCUCACAUCUAUUACCACUAGCUUUUGGUAUGAUUAUUAUAAGAUGCCAUAUUGCAACAGCUUGGAUAUCAAUCAUGGCUUUUAUGAUAUCAUCAACUAUAAAUCAUUCUGGUUAUCACUUGCCAUUCUUAAAUUCACCUGAAUAUCAUGAUUUUCAUCACGUGAAAUUUGAUUCCAACUACAGUGGAUUUGGACUAAUGGAUUGGAUCUUUGGAACUGAUAAACUUUAUAAAAAUUCAAUUCAUCGACAACGUGAUAGGCUUUUAGUGUCAUUAAAAUCAGCUCAUGAAUUGUAUCCGAAAGAAAAAAAUGAGAAGAAUGGAAAAAUGCUAUAAAUGUCUAAUAAUUAUUUAAUUUAUGACUAAGACGAGAUCAGCUCUUGUGAUUAGAAUCAAAAUCGCGACAACUCGUCAGUCAUUUCGCAAAACUUUGCUAAUGAAAGAUUUGUUUUUGUUUUUUGAUUUGAAAUCAUCAACUUAAUUAAUAUUAACGACUCAAGGACACAAAAUGGAAAUAAAAAAAAUCUAGCUCAAUAAUCAUAAAAAUCUUAAGAACAAUUU